GAGAAAGUAAACGAAAAAAAAUAGUAUAAAAGGGUUUUUUUUUUCUUUCUAUUUUUCUUUUUUUUACCAAGUUAUCCCUGAAACCCUAAUGCCCCUUCUUUUUCACUCUGCCUCCAACCACCCAAGUAGCUUCCUGUUCAAAAUUGUGUGCCGUGUCUUGGGUGUUAAUUUAGCAUAGCAUGGAUAUCCAAACCUUUGCUUUCGCCGCAUCUUCUCCUCCGUUACCGGUAAUCGCCACCGCCAAGCUCGCCGGCAUCUCUCCCUCCAUUGAUACCUCUCUCCCCCCUGACUCAUCUCCCACAUUUAUCUUCUCUGAUGGGCUAGAGUUGCACGGGGCACAUGUUCUUCUACGUUAUAUUGGGCGAGCUGCCAAUUUCUAUGGGCAAAAUGCAUUUGAAUCUAGCCAGGCUGAUGAAUGGCUGGAGUAUGCUACUAUCCUCUCAUCGGGCCCUGCUUUUGAGAAUGGGUGCAAAUAUAUAGAUGAGUACCUGGAGAAGCGUACAUUUUUGGUUGGUUAUUCAUUGUCAAUUGCAGACCUUGCAAUCUGGGCAGGUCUUGCAGGUUCUGGGAAGAGAUGGGAAAGUCUAAGGAAGUCAAAGAAAUAUCCAAAUCUUGCACGGUGGUUCAAUUCAAUAGUGACAGAACAUGGUACUGCCCUAAAUGAAGUCACAUCAGCAUAUGUUGGCAAAAAAGGAUUGGGAGAGCCAACGGUGACCAAGUCAAAAGACCAGUCAGUAAUCACUGAUAAAGUGAAAAAUGUGGAUGGGCACGUAUCCGGGAACAACAAAGGAGGAAGCAAACCUUCAGCAGAAAUAGAUCUUCCAGAUGCUGAAGUUGGAAAAGUUCGCUUGCGAUUUGCACCUGAACCAAGUGGCUAUCUUCAUAUUGGACACUCAAAAGCAGCACUGUUGAAUAAAUAUUUUGCUGAGCGGUACCAGGGCCAGGUUAUCGUGCGUUUUGAUGAUACCAAUCCUGCUAAAGAAAGCAAUGAAUUUGUCGACAACUUGGUGAAAGAUAUUGAAACAUUGGGUAUCAAGUAUGAACAAAUUACAUAUACAUCAGAUUACUUCCCUGAGUUAAUGGAACUGGCUGAAAAAUUAAUUCACCAGGGUAAAGCAUAUGUUGAUGACACUCCACGUGAACAAAUGCAAAAGGAGAGAAUGGAUGGCAUAGAAUCUAAAUGCAGAAAUAAUAGUGUAGAGGAGAAUAUAAAAUUAUGGAAGGAAAUGAUUGCAGGAACAGAGAGGGGCUUGCAGUGUUGUGUUCGUGGCAAGUUGGAUAUGCAGGACCCAAACAAAUCACUUCGAGAUCCUGUUUAUUAUCGUUGCAAUCCAAUGCCUCAUCAUAGAAUUGGGUCCAAGUAUAAAGUGUAUCCAACUUAUGAUUUUGCCUGUCCAUAUGUUGAUGCUAGAGAAGGAAUCACACAUGCCCUUCGGUCGAGUGAAUACCAUGAUCGCAAUGCUCAGUAUUACCGGAUUCAAGAGGACAUGGGUGUUAGAAAAGUUCUCAUCUAUGAAUUCAGCCGGUUGAAUAUGGUUUACACUCUUCUCAGCAAACGGAAGCUUCUAUGGUUUGUACAAAAUGGAAAAGUUGAUGGAUGGGAUGAUGCACGAUUUCCUACAGUACAAGGAAUCGUGCGUAGAGGUUUGAAAAUUGAAGCGCUGAUACAGUUUAUUGUUGAGCAAGGGGCAUCUAAAAAUCUCAAUCUCAUGGAAUGGGACAAGCUUUGGACUAUUAAUAAGAAGAUUAUUGACCCUGUCUGUCCCAGACACACUGCUGUCAUCGCAGAUAGACGUGUGUUGUUGACCCUCACUGAUGGUCCUGAGAAACUAUUUGUCCGCAUCAUACCUCGGCACAAGAAAUAUGAAGCUGCUGGAGUUAAAGCUACAUCAUAUACUAAAAGCAUAUGGAUUGACCAUGCUGAUGCAGAGUCUAUAUCAGCCGGUGAGGAAGUAACGUUGAUGGAUUGGGGAAAUGCCAUAGUGAAGGAAAUAGUGAAGGACCAAGAUGGAAAUAUCACGGGGUUGUGUGGUGUUUUGCAUCUUGAAGGAUCUGUGAAGACCACAAAAUUGAAACUCACUUGGCUACCUAACAUAAAUGAACUAGUUAGCCUGACAUUGGUGGAGUUUGAUUAUCUAAUUACAAAGAAAAAGCUUGAAGAAGGGGAGGAUUUCAUUGACGUGGUUAACCCAUGUACCAAAAAGGAGAUUUCAGCAUAUGGGGACUCCAACAUGCGAAAUCUUCAGCGUGGAGAUAUAUUGCAACUGGAGAGAAAGGGAUAUUUCAGGUGUGAUGUACCCUUCGUUCGGUUUUCACAACCAAUCGUGCUAUUUGCAAUCCCUGAUGGCAGGCAGCAGACAUGAUUGAAUUGAAGUAAUCUUUUUUUUAUCAUACAACUGUUUGGAGCAUAACUCACAUUCACACUCCGCACUGUUGGUAAUAGGGAUAACAUGUUUGUGGAACUAUUUAUGUUUACCAUCACAUUGUAUUCUGUUUAUAAGCAAACCAUUAUAAUUGGAUUCUUUACUAGCAUUUGGAGAAGUCUUCUUUGGUUUU